UGUAGUUUCUGGUGUAACCGACAAUCAAUCACCAAGUGGGAGAGACUCACCGAGGGUCAAUACCCAAAAUUCUAUUCAGGUCUUGAUCAAAUUUAGCUGCCUGCCUGCCAGAAUUUAAACCCUUUUUUCUUUGUCAACCACUUCCAAUUUUCAGUUCCUAAAACGUUUAUCGAUCUCUUUCCCUGAAUUCCACUCCUAAUUUCUGAUCCGGAAGCGCGACAACGCCAUUCACGAUUCCUAAUUAGGUGCGUGCUUGAAGAAGUGGUAACUAGUAGCUGGGGAGCAGCCCUGCAGGACAUUAAACCUGUGAAAUGGAUCUGAAUGCUGCUAUGGAGGAAGGGAAGGUUUUGAAAAAUGGUGUAGAAUUGGUGAAAUCAGUUUCCGAUAAACAUCUUGAUCUUUUGAGGCCAUCGUCUCGCCUGUUUUCAUUGUUUAAAGGGCAUACGUCAAAUAACAAUGAUCGUGAAAAAGGAAAGUAUGCACUGAUCAAGAACGAUGAUGAUUUCCAACAAGGACUUUAUGACAAACCGCUACCGUGUUUUGGCUGUGGAAUUGGAUGGUUUUCUUUUUUAAUAGGGUUUGGGUUCCCUCUGAUGUGGUACUACGCUACAUUCCUAUAUUUUGGAAAUUAUUAUCGGAAAGAUCCUAGGGAACGUGCAGGCCUUGCUGCUUCUGCAAUUGCUGCAUUGGGGUGUUCGGUGAUCUUGUUUGUUGUAGCAAUGAUCCUUCUGUUCUAGCGGAUGUUGGUGCAAGAUGAUGAUAUGUGUUGAGAGAUUUUGCUUGAUGAAACUGGAUCUGCAGGAACUUGUAGAUACAAAUACAAGUCUUGAUGAACAUGAACAUAGUUUUAAAUUUUGUGGUUAUCAUACACAUCUUUAUACCAACCAAUUUGUACAAUCUUGAGAAGCAUUAUAAAGUACUUUUGUGCAUUGCACUUGUUAGUUACAGUGAAUUGAAAACCUCAUGUGUCUGGCAUUAGCAAUAUGGUUUAUCGCGGUUUCUUACUUGAA